AUGGCAGAGGAACAGCAACACAUCACCAACAGUGGCAAGGGGAGCUCAGAAGCGAACAACAACGAGAGCAAAGGCAACAAGAAGUACACCUCACCAUUCUCACAAUUCAACAUCUCAUCCACCGAUGUCCUCGACACAAUCGAAAAGGCCCGCUGCCCAGACUGUAACAGGAACGUCCGUUACUUCUGCAACCGCUGCCUCAAACUCGUCAAUUGCCCCGAGGGUGCAGUUCCCCAAUUAAAGCUGCCCAUCAAAUUGGAUGUGAUCAAGCAUGAGCAGGAACGGGACGGCAAAUCGACGGCACUUCAUGCUAAAAUCUUGGCCUCUGAUGAUGUCGAGGUCUAUAGUUGGAAGGAUAUGCCCAAAUAUGAGAAUGUCGAUCGCCUCUUGUUGCUAUUCCCAAGUCCAGGAGCAAAGCAACUCUCGGAGAUUGAUCCGGAGUCGUUUGACAAGCUGGUGGUGAUUGACGGGACAUGGGAGCAAGCCAACAAGAUGUCCAAGAGCGACAGCCCACUCCUCCGCAUGAAGCGAGUGACCAUCGCGCCGCACGAGACCUUGUUCUGGAGACAUCAAAGGAAGGCGAGUGACCACUUGGCGACGAUUGAGGCGAUUUAUUUCUUUUUGAGAGAGUACCAUGAGACAUAUCUCACUGCCGUAUCAUCAGCGCCUUCUUUAACACCAACAACAACAACAGGAGCAGCAGCAGGAGCAGUAGCAGGAGCAGCGCUCUCUGAAUCAGGGGAAGAGCCAUCCGACGAUUCCACUAGCAACCACAACACGACAGCCCACGCAGAGACAACACCAUCAUCAUCAACAACAAUGACAAGUGCAACGGCCUCUUCGACUUUAAAACAACAACCGACUGAAUCAUCAUCACGUCCAAGUACAGCAACAAAAGUGAUCACGCCGCACAAAGAAUGGAUCGACUCUCAUCAACUGGGACCAUACACCAACCAAUUCGACGACAUGUUGUGGUUUUACAAGUACUUUUAUGAGCUCAUCCAAAAGACAUAUCGGGAACGGACUGAUGGGCGCGAGUUUACGCUCAAGCAUACCAAAGGGUAUAUCCAAUACGACCCUGUGGAUGAGCGAAAGCAGUAG